UCAUGCUGCUGCCAAGUCCAGAGUCUGUCAUGGUCCCUGUACGGCCUCCCAUUGCUGCUGUCUCCAUCGCCACACUCUGCUGCCAUGUGCCACUUUCAGGUCUCUUCACACUGCUGGUGUGUUAAAUUUUUUGACAUAGGGUGCAGGCAGAUUACGGGCCUCACAUAGCUGCUGCCAGGCCCCUAAUCUGCCAUGGGCCCCUAUAUACCGCCUCCUCAUGCUGCUGCCAGUCCAGAGUCUGUCAUGGUCCCUGUACGGCCUCCCAUUGCUGCUGUCUCCAUCGCCACACUCUGCUGCCAUGUGCCACUUUCAGGUCUCUUCACACUGCUGGUGUGUUAAAUUUUUUGAC